AAGAAGCGGAGAGACGAAACGAGCGUGUCCGCGUGUGAGUCCGAGCGGCGUGGGAAACAACGGAAAAAGAAGAAGAAGAGGAGGAAGAGGAGGAAAGAGAAGAAGAAGAGUUCUCAGUAGUGUGUGUGUGUGUGUGUGUGUGUGUGUCCCCCGCUCCGGAGGGUCUCGGUGCGAACAUGGAGCGGACUGGAACUUUCCUGCUCUCCGCGUCUCUCCUACUGGUUUCACUGGGACUAACGGGGGCGCGAGCGGACACCUUCAAAGCCUGUCUGUCUGGUCAGUCCCCAGACUGUACUCUGGUCCAGUCCAAAGAGGACGACUUCGACUGGGAGCAAGGAGACACCCGUGACCGACCAGCCAGCAACCCCUUGAUCCCCACAGGUUCCUCCUUCCUGUUUGUGAACACGUCAGGUCGUCAUGGUGGUCAGCGCGCUCAGCUGCUGCUGCCCCCCCUCAAAGAGAACGACACACACUGCGUCAGUUUCAUGUUCUACCAGGGGGGGGGGCGUGAGGGGGCAGGGCUCAACGUCUACAUCAAAGAGAACCACAGUCCUCUGGGAGUUCCGGUAUUUAACUCAUCAGGCCCCGCCUACCACAACUGGAAGGGGGUGGAGCUAGCUGUGUCCACCUUCUGGCCUAAUUACUACCAGGUGGUGUUUGAGGCCAUCAGCAACGGACAGAGAGGAGUUCUGGCCAUCAAGGACAUCACGCUGCAGGGACACCAGUGCAGCAGCACGCCACACUUCCUGCACAUUAAAGGUGUGGAGGUGAACGCGGGACAGACGGCAACAUUUCACUGCACUGUCAACGGACAACCACAGAGCAACCUGCUGCUCUACCUGCAGUGUUUCCUGUUUCCUGGUCGUCAGGGGAUGGCUGGUCGUCAGGCGGUCGUCAGGGAAACCAAACCGGUGAACACACGGCGUUACGUGGCAAGUUUCGAUGUGGAGAACACGACCAAAGGUGACUCCGGACGCUAUCGCUGCAUCGCCCAAUCAGAGCGAGGUGUGGGCGUGUCCUCGUACGCUGACCUCACUGUCAAACAGCCUCCUGUACCGAUCGCCCCCCCUCAGCUAACAGCUGUGGGCGCCACCUACCUGUGGAUCCAGCUCAACGCCAACUCCAUCAACGGAGACGGACCAAUCAUUGAGAGAGAGGUGGAGUACCGGACGAUGGCGGGCAUGUUGAUCGACACCACACCUGUCGAUAAACCCACCCAUAAGAUCGGACACCUGGACCCCGACACCGAGUACGAGAUCAGUGUGCUGCUCACCAGGCCCCUGGAGGGAGGGACGGGAAACCCCGGACCACCACUGCGAGCUAGGACCAAGUGUGCUGAUCCAAUGCACGGCCCGCGGCGUCUUGAGGUCGUCGACAUUCAGUCCAAACAGGUGACGGUCCAAUGGGAGCCGUUCGGAUACAACGUGACACGCUGCCACAGCUACAACCUGACGGUGCAGUACCGCUACAGACCUGCAGGGGCCCCCAGCAGAGAGCUGGUGAAGGAGGAGGUGAGGGAGGAGGAGGUGUACGACACUCUGAGCUCCUUGCCGCAGCAUGCCUUACGUAACCUUCCACCGUUCACCAACGUCAGCCUGAGGCUCGUCCUCAGUAACCCGGAGGGACGCAAGGAGAGCGAGGAGCUGCUGGUGCUGACCGACGAGGACGUUCCUGGAGCGGUCCCAGUGGACUCGAUCCUCGGCAGCAGCUACGAGCAGCAGAUCAGUCUGAGCUGGAGGGAACCUCUGCAGACCUACGGCCUCAUCCGACAGUAUGAGAUCUCCUACAAAGCCCUGAGCUCCUUCGACACAGAGUUCGAUCUGUCCAAUCAGAGUGGCAAGGUGUUCAAACCGGCUAAUGAGACGAGCCACAUGUUCACCGGCCUCUAUCCAGGCUCCACCUACUCCUUCACAAUAAGAGCCUCCACUGUGAAAGGCUUCGGACCUCCAGUGAUCACCCAGUUCACCACCAAGAUCUCAGCUCCUCUGAUGCCAGCCUACGACCAGGAGUCUCCUCUGAACCAGACCGACUCUACCGUCACUGUUCUACUGAGACCAGCUCAGAGCCGAGGAGCUCCAGUCAGUAAGUACCAGGUGGUGGUGGAGGAGGAGCGCCCCCGCAGGCAGAGGAGAGGAACUGCAGAGAUCCUGCGCUGUUAUCCGGUGCCCAUUCACUUCCAGAACGCCACGCUGCUCAACUCUCAGUAUUACUUCAGCGCAGAGCUGCCGAUGAGCGAGCUGAGAGCGCCCAUGCCCUUCUGUGUUGGUGAUAACAGGACCUACAGCGGUUACUGGAACACUCCUCUGCUGCCUCAUAAGAGUUAUGGGAUCUACUAUCAGGCUGUCAGCACGGCUAAUGGGGAGACAAAGAUCGACUGCGUGCGAGUGGCGACUAAAGCUGCUAUAAUCGUCACCCAGCUCACCACGCCGUACAUUCGCAUCGCUCCGGCAGCUGGCGACAAGCAGCUUACAGGAGCUGCGACCAGGAAACCAGAACCAGAACAGGGGAACCAGUCGGAUCACACUGUGAAGAUCGCUGGAGCCAUCGCCGGUAUCCUGCUCUUCAUCAUCAUCUUCCUCGGAGUGGUCCUGCUGAUGAAGAAACGGAAGUUGGCAAAGAAGAGGAAGGAAACUCUGAGCUCCAGACAGGAAAUGACUCUGAUGGUCAACACCUCCCAACACACAACCAUGGCAGACACACAUACACACACACUGAACGGACGCACUGUGUCAUCUCCGUCCUCCUUCACCCUGAAGACAAACACCAUCAGCACCACCGUCCCCAACUCCUACUACCCAGACCCCUUCGUACCGACAGCCAUUCUGGUGCCAAUUAAUGAUGACAGUCACACCAUGACCAGUGAAACCAGCAGCCUGGUCCAGUCCCAUUAUAAGCAGCGGGAGGCGGAGCGGGAGGCGCUGCCCUAUCAAACGGGACAGCUGCACCCGGCCAUCCGAGUGGCUGAUCUGCUGCAGCACAUCACCCAGAUGAAAUGUGCCGAGGGCUACGGCUUCAAGGAGGAGUACGAGAGUUUCUUUGAGGGACAGUCCGCUCCCUGGGACUCGGCCAAAAAGGACGAGAAUCGCAUGAAGAAUCGCUACGGAAACAUCAUCGCCUACGAUCACUCUCGUGUGCGUCUGCAGCCUCAGGACGGAGAGAGCAGCUCCGACUACAUCAACGCCAACUACGUCGAUGGAUACCACAGACCCAAUCACUACAUCGCUACCCAAGGUCCUAUGCAGGAGACGGUGUACGAUUUCUGGCGGAUGGUUUGGCAGGAGAACACUGCUGCCAUCGUCAUGGUAACCAACCUGGUGGAGGUGGGGCGGGUGAAAUGUUGUAAGUACUGGCCUGACGACACAGAGAUCUAUGGCGACAUGAAGGUGACGCUGAUCGAGACUCAGCUGCUGUCGGAGUACGUGAUCCGAACCUUCGCUGUGGAGAAGAGGGGCGUGGCCGAGAUCAGGGAGAUCCGUCAGUUUCAUUUCACUGGUUGGCCUGAUCACGGCGUUCCGCUUCACGCCACCGGCCUGCUGGGCUUCAUUCGCCGCGUCAAGGCCAAAACCCCACCGACUGCCGGCCCCACCGUGGUCCACUGCAGUGCGGGGGCGGGGCGCACAGGUUGUUUCAUAGUGAUUGACAUCAUGCUGGACAUGGCAGAGAGAGAGGGCGUGGUCGACAUCUACAACUGUGUCCGAGAGCUGAGAGCACGAAGGGUUAACAUGGUCCAGACUGAGGAGCAGUAUGUCUUCAUCCAUGACGCCAUCUUGGAGGCUUGUCUGUGUGGCGACACUGCGAUCCCAGCCAAUCAGCUGCGCUCAGUUUAUUAUGAGAUGAACCGAUUGGAUCCUCAGACCAACUCCAGUCAGAUCAAAGAGGAGUUCAGGACUCUAAACAUGGUUACGCCGACACUGCGCGUGGAGGACUGCAGCAUUGCUCUGUUGCCUAGAAACCACGAGAAGAACCGCUGCAUGGACGUGCUGCCUCCUGACCGCUGCUUGCCGUUCCUCAUCACCAUCGAUGGAGAGAGCUCCAACUACAUCAACGCUGCGCUCAUGGACAGCUACAAGCAGCCGUCAGCAUUCAUUGUUACCCAGCAUCCCUUGCCGAACACGGUGAAGGACUUCUGGCGUCUGGUCCUAGACUACCACUGUACGUCCAUCGUCAUGCUGAACGAUGUCGACCCCGCGCAGCUGUGUCCUCAGUACUGGCCGGAGAAUGGCCUCCAUCGUCUGGGCUCCCUGCAGGUGGAGUUUGUCUCUGCUGAUCUGGAGGAGGACGUCAUCAGCCGUAUCUUCAGGAUCUACAACACAGCCAGGCCGCAGGACGGGUACCGCAUGGUGCAGCAGUUCCAGUUCCUGGGCUGGCCCAUGUACCGGGACACACCCGUCUCCAAGCGCUCCUUCCUCAAACUGGUCCACCAGGUGGACAAGUGGCAGGACGAGUACGACGGAGGGGAGGGACGCACCGUGGUCCACUGCCUGAAUGGAGGGGGUCGCAGUGGUGUGUUCUGCAGCAUCAGUAUAGUGUGUGAGAUGUUGCGGCAGCAGCGAUGUGUCGACGUCUUUCACGCUGUUAAAACUCUGAGGAACAACAAACCAAACAUGGUGGAUCUGCUGGAACAGUAUAAGUUCUGUUAUGAAGUUGCUCUGGAGUAUCUCAACUCUGCUUAGCUUCAACAACAGACUCUUCAUCAUCAUCAUCCUCCUCCAGUGAUAAAGCUGCACAGGUGGGGGGGGGGGGGG